AUGGACAGCUUCGCGGUCGAUCUUCUUAACGGUCUCGCCGCAUCCGAGGAACAAGGACGCAACUCUGCCCGGAAGUCCAUCCAAGCGCUUGAGGAUGAUCUGCGUCAGGUCGCUCAGGACAUCAAUAACCUUGGUCAUGCACGUACUAUUUUGAUAAACAAUUUCUCUCAAGUUAAAUCGCAAGCCGAAUUUGAUGUCUUUCGGGCAGAAUAUGAAGCUGUGAGGGUAUCCUUACAAGAGCGUAGAGAAACUCGCCAUCUCAUGAUGAUCAAGCUCGAUGCCCAAGGACGGAUUUAUGAGGCGGCAUACGGUGCAUAUUUGAGCAUCGACCAGACUGGAAGUGGAUGA